GCCUCAUGCAGUCAGCUAAUUUCUCCUCAAUAAAUGAAGAUGAAGAUGGAUCGACCCUAUUACAAAUUCCAUCUCUUUCAAUUAGAUGAGAAGCUGCAUUGAAGAUGGAAGCCUUAUCUGUCUGUGAAAUCAUUUAACGAGACUUUGCAAUUUGUCUGGUUGAUGUGCAAUAUUCAUGCUUCUAUAAAUGAAGUUACUUCUUCUCCUCCUUAUGUACACCCAACCACAACUUUCUCUAAUGGCUCCAAUCGGUUUAUUUGAAGUAUUAUUUUUCUUCUGCUUUCUCAUUUUAUAUUACUUCCUCAUCAAGAAACCCUUAGGUUUCAAAAAAGAUUUUCAUAGCAACCCUAGAAACUGGCCCGUUCUCGGUAUGCUUCCUGGAGCGCUUGUGAUUCUCCAUCUACUAUAUGACUGGAGCGUUGAUGUUCUCGAGAACGCCAACUUGACGUUUCAGUUCAUAGGUCCAUGGUUGUCUGGAAUGGACAUAUUGAUCACGGUUGAUCCAGAAAAUAUCAAUUACAUACUGAGCUCAAACUUCUCAAAUUACAUUAAAGGUCCUGAGUACCAAGAAGUUUUUGAAGCUUAUGGAGAUGGGAUCGUCAACUCGGACUUGGAGCUAUGGAGGAAUUUGAGGAAGGCUUCUCAGGUCAUAUUCGGCGAUCAAGGGUUCCAAAACUUCACAACAAGUACCACCAGGAGUAAACUCAAAGACGGUCUUGUGCCUCUUUUCAAUCAUUUUGCAAAGGAAGAAAUGGUUGUGGACUUGCAAGAUGUGUUCCAGAGGUUCAUGUUCGAUACAACGUUUAUUUCUUUAACCGGGUUCGAUAUGAAAAGUCUCUCCCUCGAAAUGCCGGAGGUUGGGUUUGCUAAUGCUCUUGAUGAUGUUGGAGAUGCGAUAAUGUAUAGGCAUAUUACGCCGAGAUUCUUAUGGAAGCUACAAAAAUGGAUUGGAGUCGGAAGAGAGAAGAAGAUGACGGAAGCUAAUGCCACUUUUGAUCGUGUUUGUGCAACAUACGUAUCAGCGAAGAGAGAUGAGAUAAAAAAAGGAAAAAGUGGUGAAGAUCUUUUGACAUUAUUCAUGAAGCUUGAUACAACCAAAUUCGAGCUCCUGAACCCGAGUGAUGAUAAGUUCCUCAAAGAUUUCACGGUGGGUUUCAUGGCGGCAGGGAGAGAUUCCACUGCUUCUGGACUCACUUGGUUCUUUUGGAAUAUGUCUGAAAACCCUAGAGUCUUAACCAAGAUUCUUCAAGAGAUAAAAACAAAUCUACCAACAACAACCGGAAGUGACCAAGACACAUCGUACUUGAACAAGCUGGUUUAUUUACAUUGUGCAUUGAGUGAAUCAUUGAGGCUCUUCCCACCAAUUCCGUUCGAACGCAAGUCUCCAAUCAAACCGGAUGUGCUUCCAAGUGGGCAUAAAGUCAAAUCAGCUACCAAUAUUAUGUUCUUUAUCUAUGCGAUGGGGAGAAUGAAAACCGUAUGGGGAGAAGACGCGAUGGAGUUCAAGCCAGAGAGGUGGAUUUCAGAGACAGGAGGGUUCAAACAUCAGCCUUCGUACAAGUUCCUAUCGUUCAAUGCCGGUCCAAGAACAUGUUUGGGUAAGAAUUUAGCUAUAAAUCUGAUGAAGGCAGUGAUCGUGGAAAUAUUACAGAACUAUGAGAUUAAGUUCAUCAAUGGACAAAAGAUUGAGCCAAAACCUGGUCUUGUUCUUUACAUGAAGCAUGGGCUUAAAGUCACAAUUACUAAGAAAUGUUCGAGUCCGGAGUGAAACCCUCAAGUUGCUUUUAAACUACAUUUACCAAAAUUAAGCAUGCGAUUAAUAAAAAUGAUCAUAAAGAUCCUAAAUAAUUAAUUGGUAAUUUUAUUAUUAGUUAUUUCUGAAAUGUAUUUUCUUCUUUUUUUUCAGCUUGAAGCUGAUUUUUAUUAAUAAAAUGCCUCUUUUGUAUAAUCGUAUCAUUUAGUAUUUUAUAAAUGUAUUGUAAUCAACUUGAAACGGGCUUUACUAUGCUUAAUUAACUAGUUACGUUAUAAAUUA